AUGGGCGAUCCCAGAUGUGAUGUCAUUUUGACUCCCAGGACCCCCGACUCCCAUCAUCCCGGUCCCCCCACGCCUGUUUCUUCUUCUCUUCUCUGUCUCCCCGCUCGUAAAGCAGCGCGGAAGAAACAGCGGACUGGCUUCACCUCGCCUCCAGUCCCCCUCCCAACCCGCGCGUCGCUGCGGAGCCCGCAGGCCGCAGAGCCGCUGCGCCCGGCGUGCGGGGGAGGCUGCGGGGACGUGGCCGCAGCCGGAGCGCCGGGGCCCGCAGCCCUCCCCGAAAGCCGGAUCCGCUCGCAGGUCUGGCGGGCGGCGGGGGUCCUGCGGGCGGAAGUGAGAAGCGAGGCGUGGGAGGAGGCUGCAGGCUGGGGGCUGGGAUCCCCUCGGCGGCGGACGCGGCCCGGACAACCCGGACGAGGACGGCGGCCGCCUCCCGACGCCCGGCGCGCGGCAACCCGGCCUUUUUUGGCGUUGAGGCAGAGCAGACGGGCAGGGCGGCCGCUCCGGGGGAGCGAGGCUGAGCCGCCGCCCCCGGGACCAGGAGGAGGGGCUGCCUCGGGGGCGCCGCCGCGACCCAGAUAGGCUGGGCGGACGCGGGAGCGGGCGGCGGCCCGUCGCCUCCCGCCUCCUCCGCGGCGCCAUCCCUCGGCGCGCCCAACCCGGAACCCGGCGAGCGCGUGGGGGCGGGGAGGCGAGCGCGCAGAGCUGGCGGGCACCCCCGCGGCCCCCGGUCCCCCAGCCAUGUCGGCCGAGGAGAUGGUGCAGAUCCGCCUGGAGGACCGCUGCUACCCGGUGAGCAAGAGGAAGCUUAUCGAGCAGAGCGACUAUUUCCGCGCCCUCUACCGCUCCGGCAUGCGCGAGGCCCUGAGCCAGGAGGCCGGCGGCCCCGAGGUGCAGCAGCUGCGCGGCCUCAGCGCCCCGGGCCUGCGCCUGGUGCUGGACUUCAUCAACGCCGGCGGGGCCCGCGAAGGCUGGCUCCUGGGCCCGCAGGCGGAGAAGGGCGGCGGGGUGGAGGAGGAAGAGGAGAUGGACGAGGUGAGCCUGCUGGCGGAGCUGGUGGAAGCGGCCUCCUUCCUUCAGGUCACGUCUCUGCUGCAGCUGCUGCUGUCCCAGGUGCGGCUCACCAACUGCCUGGAGCUGUACCGCCUGGCGCAGGUGUACGGGCUGCCCGACCUGCAGGAGGCCUGCCUGCGCUUCAUGGUCGUCCACUUCCACGAGGUGCUGUGCAAGCCCCAGUUCCACCUCCUGGGGGCUCCUCCUCAGGCCCCCGGGGAUGUCAGCCUGAAGCAGAGGCUGAGAGAGGCCCGGAUGACCGGGACUCCGGUUCUUGUAGCCCUGGGGGAUUUCCUGGGGGGACCCCUGGCCCCUCACCCCUACCAAGGGGAGCCCCCGUCCAUGCUCAGGUAUGAGGAGAUGACCGAACGUUGGUUCCCGCUGGCCAACAACCUUCCUCCCGACCUGGUGAACGUCAGGGGUUACGGGUCUGCCAUCCUGGACAACUACCUCUUCAUAGUGGGCGGGUAUAGGAUCACCAGCCAGGAAAUCUCGGCUGCGCACUCCUACAACCCCAGCACCAAUGAGUGGCUCCAGGUGGCCUCCAUGAACCAGAAGAGGUCUAACUUCAAACUUGUGGCUGUUAAUUCAAAACUCUAUGCCAUUGGUGGGCAGGCCGUUUCUAAUGUUGAGUGUUACAAUCCCGAGCAGGAUGCCUGGAAUUUUGUGGCACCCUUACCAAACCCUCUGGCCGAGUUCUCUGCGUGUGAGUGUAAGGGGAAAAUUUAUGUCAUUGGAGGCUAUACGACCAGAGACCGCAACAUGAACAUUUUGCAGUAUUGCCCCUCGGCCGACAUCUGGACACUGUUUGAAACCUGUGACGUCCACAUUCGCAAGCAGCAGAUGGUGUCUGUUGAGGAGACCAUCUACAUUGUGGGCGGCUGUCUGCAUGAGCUGGGGCCCAACCGGAGGAGCAGCCAGAGCGAGGACAUGCUCACGGUGCAGUCCUACAACACGGUCACGCGGCAGUGGCUCUACCUCAAGGAGAACACGUCCAAAUCGGGGCUUAACUUGACUUGUGCACUCCACAACGACGGCAUCUACAUCAUGAGCAGAGACGUGACCCUGUCCACCAGCUUGGAACAUCGAGUUUUUCUCAAGUACAACAUCUUCUCAGAUAGUUGGGAAGCAUUCAGGCGUUUCCCAGCCUUUGGACACAACUUGCUGGUUUCCUCUCUUUAUCUGCCCAAUAAAGCAGAAACAUGACUGAACCGACUUAGUAUUUAAAAGAAACCUGGUUCAAGGCAGAAAAAGAAAAAAAAGGAAAAAGUAGUGUCCCAUUUCCAGGGAGGCUAAUUUCUAAAGGGAAAAAGUGGGUUAAAGUAGGUCACAUGUACAAUAGCUGUAAAUAAGCUUACUUGAACUAAUUACUUGAAAACUUGUGGAGAAAAGAGACCAACUUUGUUAUUUUUUUAAUUAUUGAUUUUUAAAUAAUGGGAGCAAAUCCAUGAUACUAUUUUCAUCAAAUAUGGUACCCUUGGACCAGUGACUGAAACUGAUCAACAAAAAGAAGAUUCAUUGUGUCUGCUUUAGUAAAGGACCAAAGUCAAUUGUUGACGUGAAUGGUAAAGAUCAUUUUAAAAUCCGUUUUAUUUAGGUCACUUGAAAUAUCAUUAAUACCUUAAGUGAGAGAUUUUUCAUUUACUUGAGAUACAUUUAUAUUAACACUGUCAUUCACCCCUAUUCUCCCCUAUUCAUACCCACAUAUACUUCCGGUGGUUUAAAAAUAGGGUUCUGUGUUUAUUUUAUUUGCACACUACUUUCCAGGAACCUUACAAUGAUGGAGCCCUAGAGUGAGUCCUUCAGUCCUCCCAGAACCUUUCUUAAAAACCUUCUCAGCUAUUUUUCCAAACUUCUUUUGCAAUUAUGUGUACUGAAUAGACAGGUGUAACCUCUUAUUUCAUUUUGGUGGCAGAUUGCAAAUUUAUGUGGUCAGAUAAGUUGCAUUGCUAGGCAUUCUGUAUUGUUUAAAAGAGAGGAUAUAUUGUUUAGAAGGAUGGAUAUAUAUAUAUAUUUUUUUUCUUUUUUUGAAAUCAAGUCUUAAAUGGGAAGGGAAGACCAAAUAAGAAAAAAAAAAUUGCCUUUAAGAGUUACUUUUGAUGAAUGUCUUUGACUUAGUUCUGUUUUUAAGAUAAGAAAGAUAAGUUCAUCAUCUUUAGAUCAGACAUCUUUCUAAUUUAACCUUAGCCUUUUAAUUCACGCUUUGCUUUUAUGAGGGAAGGUGAGGAUAGCUGUGGGACUUUGCUGCUGGAGAGGGAAGAAACUCUUGUGGAAUAGCAAUGGCCUCUGGUGGUAUCUCUGAAAUUCGGGAAGUUUCUCUGCUUGCCUUGGUCGUUGAGUCAGAUGGAACCCAGCUCCAGCAGUUGUCAGUAAGUCAGCUAACAUGAAUAUAUAAAGUUUCUUCCAGUCAUAGCUCCAUCCCUUUAAAAAAUAUAUAUACUUAUAGAAAUGUUAUUCUUUCUGAGCGUCUCUGAUCUUUUUGUAAUAGGAUGGUGAAGCUGGGAGCUGGAGUCCAUCCUUCUGCUCUAACAUUCCAGUUACAGUGCACCUCACUUUAAGAACGUCCUGCAGAAAAACAAAAAACUGUCAUGGCAAAUCCUUGUGUUCUGCGAGGCUGCCCAGCGCCUUGGGUAGGCAUUCGCCCCAUGGACAUGGUGCAGAGGGCCGGUCACUUUGGCAGAGCGCCCCAGGUUCUCACAAGGUCACUACAGGGUUUCUUGACAACCAUGGCCUGCGAGCAGAGUGAAAAUCAGGGUCUGGUUGUAAAAAUUCUAUUUGCACAACUUUUUAGGAAUACUUCUAUUAAGUAAAUUGAGGCAAGCCUUUAUUGUGGAUCUGGGAACAGCUCUUGGAUCUUGUCACCAAAUAAUCAUAUUGGUACUCUACUUACAUUACUUAAGGGUUUCUAAGCCAUACCCAUUUAUUCUCAAAUACUCAGCCUUUUUUUUUUUUUUUUUUUUAAGUCUGAACUGAAAUCUUCUUGGGGAUGGUACUUUAAUAAUAGAUUUAUAUUAAUUUAUAUUCAUUAUGGAAUUGAAUUUCCAGUGACCUAUAAUUUCAUUGCAUAUAUUUAAAAAUCUAAUUUAUUUUAGAUAGUGUUAACUUUUGUUGCUACAGAUCUUAACUUUUUUAAAGCUUCACCUUGUAUAUUCUGAAGAGUCUAGCCAGUUGAAUUAGUUCUGGACAAUUAGACCUUAGCUUGUAAAUAACCAUAUCAUUUAAAUGUAAUAUUAUUGCUGCCAACCAGUUCUCUUCCUGGUUACAUUCUUUGGGUCUGUUUCCCUCAUGCCAACAAUUAGAUUAUUGGACCAAGUGAAGGCAUACUCUGGUCCACAAAGCUCUUUUUAUAAACCAGGUUUGAUGUGUGUGUAUGUGCAUAUUGUGUGUGUGUGUGUUUGUGUGUGUGCAUGCACGUCCUGGCAUAUUGCUCUAAGAUACCCAGACGUCUAACAAUAUUUUUGUCACUCUGGACUGCCAGCCGUACUUGGGCGAGGAGGAAUGUGUAAUAGGAACUGAUCUGUGGAUUUGGGUCAUCAUGUUAUCAUUCUUCCUGCUGUGCACAUCAGCUAAGUUGGCAUUUUGAGGAUAAUUUUAAUUUAGCUCUGUUCUCACAUUGGUGCCAAUGUUGUAGUGAAGACUCUACCUAUGAUGAGGGAAUGUUGUUUUGAAAAGUCCCUGUCAUCCCCCAGGACUUUGCUUUUUUUUUUUUUUUUUUUAAUUAAGUGUUUAAUAGUAGUGUAGUUAACAUACAGUGUUAUAUUAGUUUCAGUUGUACAAUGUAGUACUCUUUGAUAAUACUCUUCUGUUUUCUUCCUUUCUCUAAAUGCUGCUUCCUUCUUUUCUGACAUGCUUCUUAGGGGUGCCAACCUCCCACAGUAGGGAGGAGAGUUAGCGGGAGGACCCCUGCUGGUGGGAGCCACCUUGCCAGAAGAAACCCAUUUUAUGAAGAAUGGUCUGGGAGGCAGAGGGAGGUUGGUUCUCCCUGUCAUUCUUUCUGGCUUUCUUCAUAACAUUCUUGGUUUAAGAGGCCUCUCCCCUUAACAUCCUUGGAAGUUUUUCUGAUGAAAGAGUAGGAGUUGAUUAUUUCAAUAGUGUGGGUUAAGUCAUAACAAUGAAGUACUGAGAAGGUUUUGGAUUCUAUUA